AAGCUGCAUACCUACAUGUAAGAGAAGCAAAAAUGUCAGAUGAUAUCAAGAAAAGGUUUGAUUUUCCAAAUUGUCUUAUCCAGUCACAGGCUGUGGGUCAUCUUAUUGCUGCAGUCCUAAAGGAAAAUAGUUUUUCAGAAAAGAUCCACCAAUCCACAAACCAGACUCCUGCUUUGGACUUGCUGUGGGAGGAGUGUUGCAGUGACAAUGUAGUGGUUCGAACAGCCUGCUGCGAGGCUUUGGUGGCACUUGUUGCUCAGGAUCACGCAGAGUUCAGCUAUGUUCUCAAUGGGAUACUCAACCUGAUUCCAUCGACCAGGAAUACACAUGGUUUGAUAAAAGCCAUUAUGAAAUUAUUACAAAUGCAAGCUCUAAAGGAAGGACAAGGUGGGGAAAAAAACAUUCAGCAUAUGUAUUCUAUUAGAAAUCAUCCUCAGCCUUUGAUCACUGUGCUUGAACACAGACCUGAUUGCUGGCCAGUACUUCUGCAGCAGCUGACAGCCUUUUUCCAGCAAUGCCCUGAAAGGUCCGAAGUUUCAUAUGUGCAAAUAAUGGCACCAUUUCUUUGGUAUCUUUAUUGUGAACCCUUUCAAUUACAAGAAUAUGCUAACCUUCGACUGCCCCUUCUGAAAGUUCUGCUUCAACCUUGGGGUCUCUGUGAUACUGCACAACCAUCAAUGCUGGAACAAGAGAUACUUCGCCUGUGUUGUGGCAUGAUUCCGUGCUUGCAGAUGGAAGACCUGAUACAGACAACAGAAGCAAUGCUGUUUAUCAAAGAAGUAUACUUAAGCCUUUUGCAUCAUCCUGUUUUCUGGAAAAUUCAGCUUACUCAGCUGACACUUCAGCUGUUCUGUGUCUGUGAAGUCAGCCUAAAGAUAACUGGGGAAUGCUCAUCUUUAAUUCAGCUUUUAGAGCACAGUGUUGAACUUCUCAGUGAGGAUUUUCCUGUUGAAUGGAUUAUUACCGGAAUAGCUUUACUUCUUCUACAGACACCGGCAAGUCAGCAGAAACCAAUCUUACAUCUAGCUUUGAAGCUUCUCUCUUUGACUGAGGGUCAGAAAAUCCCAAAGUCUUCUCUGCUGCUCGUGAUGCCACUUCUUCAGAUAUUGUCUUCCUCUGCUUUGGAAGACUGUAUGUCUGUGGAUGGAGAAGGUUCCUCCAGGCAGCAUUUGGCCCUGAACCUUCUGGAAAUGGUACAGAAGGAGUGUCACAGGGACGGCCACCAUAAGCUUUCCUAUAGGCUUGCAUUCCCUGUGACCAGCAUUUAUAGCUCGAUACUCGCAGUGUGUAGGAUUCUUGAAGUAAUGAGAGAUGAGUCAGCAGCAAGUGACUGGUUGGCUUCUGUGGAGUCCUUGCUCCCUGUGACUACAGUGGUCCCCAUGCAUGUUUUUCUUCUACUGGCUUACCUGCUCAUUGAAGAUCAAGGACCAAAUCUUCACCAGAUAUUAAAGGUCAUCAAGGAUUUGGCUCAAGCGGAUUCCUCAAAGGUACCAAAUCUGAUUCCAGUUUUAAUGUUCAAAUUGGGGAGACCACUGGAACCUGUAUUAUACAAUGAUAUACUGUAUACUUUACCUAUGCUUGGUGUUCACAAGGUGUGUAUUGGACAGAUUCUUCGAGUAAUCCAACUGCUUGGGAGCACCCCUCAACUGAGAGCUGUUACUUUGCGCCUGUUGACAUCUUUGUGGGAAAAGCAGGAUCGUGUGUAUCCUGAGCUGCAGCGAUUCAUGGCCAUGUCUGACGAGCCUUCCCUCAGUGUGGGCAAAGAACUCCAGUGGGAGAAGCUGAUUGCAAAAGCCGCAUCAAUCAGAGACAUAUGCAAGCAAAGGCCCUAUCAGCAUGGUGCAGAUAUGCUGGCAGCUAUUUCUCAGGUGCUGAAUGAAUGUACCAAGCCUGAUCAAGCUACACCGGCAGCCUUGGUGUUACAAGGUCUUCAUGCACUCUGCCAAGCAGAGGUUGUUUGCAUUCGUUCCACUUGGAAUGCUCUCUCCCCAAAGUUGAGUUGUGACACAAGACCUCUAAUUUUGAAAACCCUGAGUGAACUGUUUUCUCUGGUGCCUUCUUUGACUGUCAGUACCGCUGAAUAUGAGAAAUUUAAAGUUCAAGUUCUCAGCUUCCUCUGGACUCACACUCAAAACAAGGACUCACUCGUAGCAAAUGCUGCAUACAAAUCUCUGUCCCACUUUAGUGCAGGAGACCACACCAUCCUUCAUCUGCCUGAAAAGAUUAGACCAGAAGUGCCUAUUACUGAUGAGUCAGAUGAAGAUGAAGAGGAAGUGGAUCUUUCAGUUCCUGGCUCUUGUUAUCUCAAACUCUUGUCACUUACUGCUCCCUUGGUUUUACCAGCUUUGGAGGGAUUUUUUACUUCACUUGUGAAGCAAGAAAUGAUGAAUAUGCCCCGGGGGAUAUAUCACUCUGCAUUAAAAGGGGGUGUCCGUGCAGACCAAGGAAAGACUGUAGCGGGCAUCCCCAAUUUUAUAUUGAAGAUGUAUGAAACAAAUAAACAACCAGGAUUGAAACCUGGCCUUGCAGGCGGUAUGCUAUUUUGCUAUGAUGUUGCCAUGUAUCACAGUAAAGAUGGCAAACCACUGCAUCGACUGAUGGCCAGUAGGGGGCGAAGUUUCAAGCAGAUGUCCCUUGCUCUUGUACAUGAGGUUCACACCCAGCCUUCUGAGUGGCACCGUGCGCUUUUUCUCCCACAGGCCUGGCUUGCAUACAUGGAUCGGGCUUAUCAUGCUAUCUUACAGGGAAGACUAGGAGAGCUGGAGCUGCAGUUAAAACAUGGAAAAGAAGGACCUGAGGAGGUGCAAUACAAAAAAUGUGCAGCCUGGCUCUGGGUCAGAGACAUGCUGACUGAUGAGAUCACCAAGACUGCUGCGAAAGAAAGUCCGGUGGUCAAAGGCAAUGCACUAUUAGCCUUAAGCAGCCUUGCUGUCAUUGUGUCCAAACAUGAAGCGAGCCUCGCCUCAGAUUCUGAUGCCACCCUGGAGGUUCAACCUAAUUUUCUUCCAAUGAAAGAGUGGGUUUCCAUGGUGCUUAAUACACUUCUGGUCAUUGUGGAUAGCCAUUACCAAGCCAGAGGACAGCUUUUCUCCUGCUUUUAUCAUAAAUCCUAUUCUGGUGAAAAUACAGCUAGUGCCAUUGCCCGUUCUGCUGCUGCUGAGGCUUUGUCUCUCCUUGUUCCAGUUUUCAUUAUCUCUUGCAAAGAGAAGGUUGAGGAAGUCCUGAACAUGCUGACUGCCAGGUUACCGGGGAAACCAAGAGCUGAUGAAUCUCAAGCUGUGCAAAUCCACAUGGGCCUUGCUUUGGGAAUGUUUCUUUCUCGCCUGUGGGAGGAGAAACUCAGUGAUCUAUCUGGCCAACAGAUGAACCUUCUUCUGAUGAAAUCUUUGGAUGCCCUGGAAAAUUGCUGCUUUGACACUAGUCUUGAAUACAACACUGGCUGUGUACUGGGAGUUGGACUUGUUCUGUCUCUCAUGAGCCACAGCAGCCAAACGGAGUCUCGGGUUCACGUGGCAGCAUCACUGAGGAAGCUGUCUGCACACCUAGAUGCCAGUGGGAGCCAGAGCAGGACUUUUCAGGAGGUCCUUGCCUACACCCUUAGCUGUGUAUGCACAUCUGCAUUCAGUGCUGGCGUCAUUGAGGCUGUGGAGGCUGAAGAUAUUAUGAACAAGCUUCGACUGUUGGUAGAGAACAGCCAGCAGACUUCUGGUUUUGCCCUGGCGUUAGGAAACAUAGUUCAUGGUCUCUCUGUGUGUGGACACGGGAAAGCUGAAGACUUGGGUAGCAAGCUUCUCCCUGCCUGGAUCAGAGUUGUUCUUUCAGAGGAGACUCCUACGGUGCUUUGUCUGGCAGCUCUUCAUGGCAUGGUGGCCUUGGUUGGCUCAGAAGGGGAUGUAAUGCAGCUAAAGUCAGAAGCUAUACAGACUUCUCAUUUUCAAGGCCGACUUAAUGAAGUCAUUAGAACUUUAACUCAGAUCAUCAGUGUCUCUGGGGUGAUUGGUCUUCAGACAAAUACAAUCUGGCUUCUAGGGCAUCUUCAUCUGUCUACUCUGUCCUCAAAUCAAAACAGAACCUCAGUUCCUACCGACUAUAGCUAUUUGCCUGAAAACAGUUUUAUUAGAGCAGCCAUUGGCUUCUUCAUGACAGGAGGGAAAAAAGGUCCUGAAGCUGUGCCUCCUUCCCUUCUCAAAACAGUGAUGAAACCCAUAGCAGCUGUUGGAGAAAGCUACCAAUAUCCUCCUGUGAACUGGGCUGCCCUCCUCUCGCCACUUAUGAGACUAAACUUUGGUGAAGAGAUACAGCAGCUAUGCCUUGAAAUUGUGGUGACCCAGGCGCAGUCAUCUCAGAGUGCAGCUGCCCUGUUGGGCUUGUGGGUGAUUCCGCCACUCAUCCAUGGCCUGAGCUUGAAUAUCAAGAAAUACCUCCUGGAAUCUGUGCCUGUCUGGAUAAAACAUGUCACUGGAGAACAGAUCCAAAGUUUUGUUGAAAACUUAAUGGUGGCUGUUUUUAUAGAAAAUUCACCACUUUACAAUCCUGAGUUAUGCCCAAGUGCCUUACAGGGACUUAGCCAGUCCAUGAAACUGCCCAGCCCUGCCUACCACCUUUGGAGUCUGCUCUGUGAAGCCACUGGGAAGAUUUUUGACCUUCUGCCAAGUAAGAUUCGGAGAAAUUGGCUAGAGCUGUAUAUCAGUAUGGCAAAAUGCCUCUCAGAAAUGACGGAUGAUGAUGCCAACAGAGUUUCCCAGAUUACUAAGAGCAACAUGGAAAAGGCUGCCUUUGUCAAGCUGUACUUAGUUUCUCAAGGACGAUUCCCCCUCAUGAGCCUAACUGACAUACUCAGUGUUGCUGUGCAGCACCGUGAGGACGAGACUCUGGCCUGGAUGAUUAUGGUCAGCUUCUACCAAGCACGGAUUGUGAGCCAUGCAAACACAGGUGUACUGAAGAGAAUGGAGUGGCUAUUGGAACUGAUGGGUUAUAUCAGAAAUGUUGCUUACCAGUCAACAUCUGUUCAGAAUGUGGUGCUUGAAGAGGCUUUGGACUUCCUGUUGCUGAUAUUUGCCGCUGCGGUGGUGGCGUGGGCAGACCAUGAGGCUCCACUCCUCCUUGGCCUCAGUGCCAGUUGGUUACCAUGGCGUCAGACUGGCCAGGGGCCAGCAUCAAGCUUCCUUGGCAUGAGCAUAUUCCCCAGGCUCAUUCUGCAGGAGGCCCUCAUUCUCCUUCCCCAGAGCAUGCUGCUUCUGCUGCAGAAAGAGCCCUGGAAGGAACAGGCCCAGAAGUUCAUUGAUUGGCUAUUCAGCAUCAAGGAAAGUUCUAAAGAAGCUCUCUCAGCCAAGUCCAAAGAUCUAUUAAAAGCCACCCUAUUGUCCAUGAGAACUCUCCCAGAGUUUAAGAAGAAAGCUGUGUGGACCAGAGCCUAUGGUUGGUGAACAGUUGUGCAGUGGCCAACAGUGUUCUCAGCUGAAUGAGACAAACCACAGAAAUGGAAGACAUUUUUCAAAAUUCCUAUCUGGGAUUGUUGAUCCCGAGUUAAGGGUCAUGAAAAGAUGGCUGUAUUCCUGUUAGCAUGGCACUGCCAUUGCCAGGGAAAGGGCGCAUUUCUUUGGUAUCCUGGCCAGUGGAGACUGAAGCAGCAACAUGAAUUUUCUUUUUUCACCAGAGUUCAACGUGAAGAUUUUCUUUGUGAACUUGAUUAUAUCAUCUUCUCUCCCUUAAAUUCUAGUAAAAUAAUCUUAUGAAUUUUUCCCAUGUGACUUAUUUGUCUUAAGGCAAUUGGGAAAGUUUUACCAACAAAAGCAAACUAGUAGUAACAAUUGUGUUUUCAUCUAUUUUCUAUGAAAUCUCUAAAAUUAAAUUCAUUGACUCAGUAAGCAAGUUUUAUUCCCAUUGAUAAAACACUCUUUUUGGAAGUACUGUAACAUUUACAUUGUAAACAUGACACCAAAUAUUAGUAAAGUCAGAUUCAUUAGUGAUGGCUAUAAUUUUCUUUUCUUUGUUCUUUUGAAUGCAAGUGAAAGUUAAUUCAAAACAGCUUCAGCCAAAAAGCCGAAUGUUAACUCUGAAAUCAAGAGAUUUAAGAGUAGAUCUUAGAAGGUGCAGCUAUGUUCAAUGAAUCCAGUGAUGCUUUCAGAUUUUGUUCUUCUCAGAAUCACUCCACAUAGUUGAUAAAAUAUCUGCCAGAAAUCUUAAAGGUAAGGAAAAGUGUCUUUUCCUUCAGGUAGAGCAAUGUGGAAAGGAUCUGGUUUAGUCUGGGUCACUUCAUUGUAAGUCUCCGAGCAAGUAUCUGGGCACUUGGCUGUGGAGUGCUCUUAGGGAUGAGGCCUGUGCUGUAGGUCCACCCCUAAGCCCCUGAGCAUUGAGGUACACAGGCAACCCCAUGCAAGCCAUCUGAACUGGGUUUCCCCAGAAGAAAUCUGGCAGACCACUAGGCAGGCUAAAAAUGACAAAUAUUUCUUUUAAAGAUUAAUCUUUUUUACAAGUACAAAUCUCUUAAUCAGGGUGACUGGUGACCUAAAGUGAAUAAAGGUCAGUGACAAUAUCCUCAAGAGCUGUAUUUGACCCAGUGACUUGAGACUCAGACAACAUUUAAAAUUUUAUCUGUUUGCUAAUUAAACUUCCUUCCUGCAGCCAUCAGUCAGGGCUGUCUUUAGCCAGCCCUAUAAACAUACUGAUACAUACAUAUAUGAGACUGUUGGGAAGGAAAGUUACACAAAUGAAAUCAUGUGCCUCUGUGCCUGUCAUGUCAUAGCACAGAGCUAGUGCUUCACAGGUACCAUGGGACUUGUGCUUUCAUGUUGUCACCAAGUAAUACCUGUUACCUGUGUUAAAAAUAGCUGUACUAGCUUUGUUUUCCAAAUAUAUUACUUCCUUAGAGGUUAGGCUAGCAGGAAAUGAAUUUGAAGGAAGCAAAAAGGUAGAACAUUUACACUAGAAGAAGCCAGCGUCUCUCUCUCCCCCUCCCAUAUACCUUUUCUUAUAUUUCCUACCAACUAGAGGAUAAAAUUCAUCCCACAUUUUCCAUUAGAUUAGUUCAUCAGAAACAUUUUCUUACAUUGACUUAACUCUUGCAACAGUACCCUAACGAGGAAAAAAGUAAUAUCUUAGUUCACAAAUGCUUCUGUUUGUAAGCAAUUCUGUUCACAAAAGCAUUUGGCAGAAUUUUCUGUUCGUGAACUCUGCAUUGGUGACAAACGGGACCACGGCCGUUUUCCCACACACACACAAAUGCAGCUGCCUUCCUCGCAGUUGUAAAAUUAAGUUCAUAAACUGAGGUACCACUGUGUUUUCUGUUUUAAAAUGCAGUAAACACAUCUAGUAAAUAGAGUUUCACCUGGAACCAAGAUCCUGGACCUAAGAUCCAAAGCAAUUUCUUUAGAUCUUAAUGUUUAAUGUGGAUUUUUUUUUUAAUGGUACUGGAAAUCAAAUUUAGGACCUUCCACUUGUGAGGAAGGCAGUGGCACCACUGAGCUAAAUCCCUGGCCCAAUGCUUAAUGUAGGUUUGAUCACUCAUAUUUAGAAACAAAAACAAGGAAAAAACCAUUGCUUCAUAUUACUAAGCCUUUGGAAUUGGGAAGUUUAGAGUAGGUCUUCAUGGGCUGAAGGACUUCAGAUUCCUGGGUAACCUUGCAAACGUUGGUUGCAAGGAGAAAGACUGAAGGGGAGGUGGGCACUGAAAAGACUACUACCCUUUUUCAGUUCUUGAAUCGCAGUCACAGGUUGCUAACGCCCAAGUACAUGAUGGGAAGAAGAAUCAUCCCAUACUUAUAAACUCAGAUCGUUCCUUUCAGCCCAGUUUCUUGUCAAACAAAGGCUGUCCCUCCUCCUGCCCUUGAGAAGAGGAGUACAAGAGGGAGGAAAUAAGGUUAUUUCCUUGAGUGUGGUGCUACAUGCCUGUAAUUUCAGUUCCCUGGGAAUCUGAGGCAGGUGAUUACAAGAGCAGGUUCAAACCCACCCUGGGUGAUUUAGCAACUUAGCAAGAACUUGUCUAAAAAGAGGACAGGGGUGGGGUUGGGUGGCGUGUGAUUGUAGCUCAGUGAAAAGGCCUUGUAUUCAAUCCCCAGAACUGGGAAAAAAAAAAAA